UCUAGGAGGAAGGGUUGGACUUCCUGUCUCAAGAGGCUCUGGAUCAAAAUGAAACUUCGCUGUUGCUGAGCCGGAGUUAAUACGAUCUGCUUCCUGUUGCUGUUAAAGAUGCUGUUGUAUUUGCACUUGCUGUUAUUCUGUUUAUUCCCCGUUGACAGGGGGGAUUUCUCUCCUCCGCGUUUCAAUGUGAGCCUGGAGGUGCCCGCUGAGCAGCGCUGGGAGCCGGUGCUGAAACAUUACGAUGCAGCGCAGCUCCGAAAGAUCAUGCAGCAUGUAAUCGGCUCUAUCGCUCCAAAAUGGGUGGUUUCCACCAUUGAACUUCUGGCACACCAGCUCAGCUGGAUAUUACCACAACCCUAUGAAAGAGAAAUUCAAGGACUAUGUAAAGCACUAGAUGUAAGCCUUGGAGAAGGACUUCUUAUCAAUCUUGCUUAUGAACUUUCUAGCUUUUGCACCAGUAUUGUAGUCCAAGACACAAAAGGAAACAUUUACCACGGUAGAAAUCUGGAUUUUGCAUUCAGUGAUGCUUUAAGAUCGCUCACAGUUGACCUACAAUUUGUCAAGAAUGGUCAGAUUGUCUACACAGGAACAACAUUCAUUGGCUUUGUAGGUUUAUGGACUGGGCAAAGACCAAAUAAAUUUACUAUCUCUGGAAAUGCAAGAGUUAACAGUAAUUGGUGGAGAACUGUCAUUGCUGCUCUUUUCAAAAGAAGCCCUCCUCCUAGCUGGCUGAUUAGAGAUACGCUCCUAGAAGCUGGGGAUUUCCAAGCAGCUUUGAAGAAGUUGGCCUAUUCCCCAAUCACUGCUGAUGUAUACUACAUUUUAGGUGGAGUUCGACCAUCUGAAGGUGUGAUAAUAACAAGAAAUCUUAGUGGGCCUGUUGAUAUCUGGCCUUUGAUUCCGAUGAAUGGACAGUGGUACAGAGUGGAAACAAAUUAUGAUCAUUGGAAAAAUCCUCCACCAUUCGAUGACCGAAGAACACCAGCUGUGCAUGCUCUCAAUACUACAGGUCAAAAUAACAUCAAUUUACAUGCAUUGUUAAAGAUUCUUACUGUUAAACCAGUAUUGAAUAAAUCCACUGUCUAUACAACAUUAAUGUGUGCGGCUCAGCCGUAUUACUACAGGACAUUAGUUCGGACUUAAAACAGAAUACAUUGGAAAUUGGCCAACGAUUGACACUUGAAACAUGUGCACUGUUGAAUUAGAAGAUGAAGCAAUUGAGGAUUGUUGGGUGUUUCUUGUCAGUCUUCCUACUUAUUACCAUGGCCCUUUCCAAACCUCAUGCAUAGAUCGUGGCUGUAUUUUCUCUGCACAUUUUCCAAAGCUUUCAGUUUGGAAACUUUACAGAUCAACUUGUAGAUUUCAAAUUAAAUUCCUGGUAUGAUCUGAAAGAUUUCUAUUUUUGAUUUUGAUUUGAGUAAAAUGUUGAAAAGCAUCCUGAUCAGUUUUGUUUUAAUUCACAACUAACAGAACAGAUUGGAAAUUGAAUUCUGAAGCCAUCUGAUGGUAAUUAAUACAGCAUCAAUAAUCAGCUGGAAAAGAUAGGAUUUGUGUAAAUAAUGUUUAAUAAAUCUGAAUGUCGAGAGAAUGUUGUGUUUCUGUGUCACCCCCAUAAAGUGUGCAAAGUUACAGAAGUGACAACUUUCAUGCCUUAUAUCUAUAGUUGUUUAUAAAACACAUUAAGGUUUUAGUCACAUCAUAGCAACUAAAAUCUAAGUUACAUUUUUAAAGAAAAUAGAUAUUAUCUAAAAUGAUUGACAGAAGAACAAUUGUUCUAAAACUAUUUCCAAAGUUUAUGGUGAAGUGAUUAGGCAGCAAAGCAUUACAACCUCGAGAUGGCAUCAAAGUUGUGCUUUUUAAACUUUUUUCCCCAUACUGCCUCCUCAUGGCCUCAAGCUGCGUUGAUGUUCUGGUGAUGAAAUUCCUUUUGAGUUGUGGCACAGCUUGCAGAAUCUUGAGCUUUUUUGUCUGCUGGAUAUCGAUCAUACAAAUCUUGCAAUAAAAUUAUAAAAUGCCCUGUUCUGUAUUUAAAUACAUCCACAUUAUUAUAAAAGCAAUACACUGAGGGAUUAUCAUCAAUUGUUCAGUCAGGUGAAGUAACUUUUAUUUCAAAGACAGCUGUCCCUGCCGUACAUAGAACCUUUUAGCAUUUUGUUUUCAAUAAAGCCAUUGUAUUAGCUUGUUUAGACUUAAUUCUGUCCUCAUUAUUGAAUGCCAUUCUUUUAUUUGCAAAAUUAUAAGCUUUUUGAGUAUUUUCAUUAUGUUAUACUUUUUCCACAAUUAGAACAAAAUAGAAUAUUUUGAGAUGUUAUAAAAAUUGAAGUUCAACUGGAAGAAUUAAUACUUCCACCUCCAGUUCAAUUUUUAAAUAAACUAUUGACUGUAUGCACAUAUAAUUAGAAAGGUUAAAGAGCUACAACUGCAAAGUUGUAUUGAAAAGCAAACUUUCCAUACGUAUUGCAUUGGUGGUUCAAUGGUAGAAUUCCUGCAUGAUACUUGGAACAACUGAUUUUGAUGACCUGAAUUUUUUGCUUCAAAAUCAUUGCUUUGAAAAUACUUACUUUUUGAAUGAUUAUUACCACAAUUGAUAUCUACUGUUGUGACAUCAUCUCUCAACCUGAAUCAGCUCCUCUGCUGCUCAAACCAAGCUUUCUUUUACUGUGAAACUUGACUAUUGAAACAAGCUAUCAAACUAGCUUCCCAUCACCAACCCUCCUCUUUCAGCAUUCAAAGCGCUCUGUCUCUCUUCAGCACCCUGGUUCUCUAAUCAAGCACCAUCGCACCUAUUCCAAUUGCCUGGCACCAUCCCUUGCAAGUGCAGGAGAUGCAACACCUGCUCUUUAACCUCCUAUCAUCUCAACAGUCAAGACCUCUACUAUUCUUUCCAGAUGAAAUAGUGAUUUACUUGUAUUUCCUUCAAUUUAGUAUGGACUAUUUACUGUCCACAAAGCAGGUCCCUGAUGUUCAUAUCUCUAUCAGGGUUGUAAUGGUAUUCUGGAGGCAAGUGUUUCUAGAAGUGGCCGAGCAGAGGCUGAUAGCUAAGUUUGGUACCCAUAGGGAGGGCCUCAACUGGGACCUUGGGUUCAUGUCACAUUACAGGUGACCACCGUUACACUAUGCACACACACAGACACUCCUACGCGCGCGCAUGCGCGCGCACACACACACAUACACACACACAUAUAUACACACUCCUACAGACAUACACAUUCCCACACGCACCCUCCCGCAGACUUACUUUACAGUCACAUACACAUAUACACUCUCUCUCACAGACACUCACAUACCACCUUCCCAGACACACACACACACAAACCCACAUGCACACAUACACAUAUACGUUUGUGGAGUGAAUUUGUACUCGCAGAGUUACAUUGCACUUUGCUCAAAAACUGUGUGAAUCCAUGUUAGACUCUGUUAACUCACUUUUUAGAUUAGAAUCAGUCUAAACAUUAUGACACAGACAAGGAACACAGGGGGCUAACACCUUCAACAUCUCAACAUCUUAUCUGCGCUGACACAAAUUCUUAGUUAACCUGAGAAUGUAACUUUUAAAAAAGGUUUUGUGAUUUACAUCUGAAAGAAGUGAAACUAUCAUGGUGAUUAUAACAGAUGAGAGACUCAACAAAAUCAAAGGAUUUUUCAAUGUAUAAUUUCAGUUACAUCACACUGUAAUCUUUUGCUAUAAAUUCUUGUCUUACAAUUGUGCACUCCACUACCACCUGAUGAAGGAGCGACGCUCCGAAAGCUAGUGCUUCCAAUUAAACCUGUUGAACUAUAA